ACCCAAAUCGCCUUUUCCAGUGGAGAGUAGAAUGCAGAAUACAGAUAUAUGAGUAGAGAAACCUAAACCUCAAGAAAUCACCUGUCCUCUAAGCAACAAUUAUAAUGAAUUAUUCAUCUCAUCAAAACCAAUAUCCUAAUUACCCUCCUCCUUCCCAACCCUAUAACCCACCUCAAUUUCAACCCUACUACUCCAAUCAUCAAUACCAACAUUACCCACACCAUCAACAACAAUAUCAACAACCUCAACAACAAUAUCAACAACCCCAACAACAAUAUUCAUCAUAUUAUACCACUCCUAAUUACCCAAAUUCAUAUCCACCACCACCACAACAACAACACCCACAAACCCAUCAACAAUGGCAUCAUCAACAACCCCUGAUUCAUCCACCACAGAAUGCUUAUCAUCAGUUGCCCCAAAGAACAGAUGGGGUUGUGGCUGUGCCACCGUUGGUACAGUUGCAAGGGCAAAAUUGGUAUCCCCAGCCUCAAGGGUUUCGACCCGUGAUUGGAGGGCCGGGUACCUAUACGGGUCCGGGUCAGGGUCAGGGUCCGGGUGUGGGUUCUGGUGCAUCUUCUAGACUUGGCCCGAGGCAAUCUAGAUCGCGUUCGCGUGCUGGUCGAUCAUUGGAUAAGGGUGGUCGUCAGCGCAAAGGUGGUGGUAGGGAAAAAUUAAGAAAGCCUGCUGGAAUUGGUAGAUGUGAAGUGUGCAAUAUUGAUACUGGUAGUGCAGGCAUCCUUAAGCAUCACCAGACUGGAAAGCGGCACAAAAGGAACUUGGCAAAAUUGGAAGCAAAUGAAAACGGAUCUGUUAACGAUUCCCAGAAUGUACUGAAACCUUCUGGUGAUUUAGAACCAGGAACAAGCUUGAAGCCUGAUAACUUGCUUGGGGAAGAAGAGACUAAGCAGAAGCUGCCAGAAAAUAUUCCCUUAGACACUCUACCUUCCGAAAAUAAAUUAGAAACUGAACAGAAAAUCAAUAAUGCACAACAAGCUGGAAAUCAGAAGCGUGGUGUGAAACGCAAGAUGCUGGUUGGUGGAGGGAAGAAAAAGAAAGCUUCUAAAGCAAAGAGGAUGGCGAUUGGACCUUCCAAUCCUAAGGUCGUAAUUCCUUUAACGUGUGACCUAUGCAAUGUGAAAUGUAGUUCACGGGAGCUUCUUAGACUGCAUCUUUUGGGUAAAAAUCACAAGUCAAAGCUCAAGUGCACUGAAGGUCACCACCCUAUAUAUGGACAACAAGGACUUCAAGCACUUUAUCCUCCUAAUCCCGUCACAAAUUCCUUAUGCAAUUUACAGGGUGCUCAACAAGUUUCGAAUGAUGCACAAGUUUCAGAUCCCAUUGCUGGUGUUUCUGUUCUUCCUCAGAAUGGCAAUGCUGUGCCUUCUGCAACAGGAGUCAGUUUGAAUUGAUAUGAGAACAUAUAUGGCUCACUGCUGAGCAACUGAGUAAUCCCCCUAUCCCUUAGCUUUUCUAAGUUGACAAGGUCAAGGCGCAAAGGAUUCCAGCUUUAACUUAUUUUUGCUGAAUAGUUAAUUUCUGGGUUUCUAGGUAAAGGGGAAUUGUUCUUUUUGUAUUUCUUUGCUGUCUUCAUCCCCAUAAUUAAAAAAACAUGAAAUGAUUUGGGGAUGAAAAAUAGAGAAGUUCAAACUUGUGAAGUCCCCUUGUUUUUUUCUUUCGAAUGGAAUCAAUUUUUAUGUUUUUCCUGAACUUUUUCUUUUCA